AAGAGGACGACGCUGUAGAAGAAGAAACACAGGAAGUUCGCUCGAUGUUUUGAUAGCCAUCGGUGCUGGGGUUUUAAUUUAGCUGUUAAAAAACAUACGUUUGGUCAUGUCAAAAAAGAGAAAGCACCGGAGACGAUUGUCAUCCUCAAGUGAAGAAGAUGGGGAGGUAUUGCCAGGGCAAGAUGUUAUCAGCAGUCACAAAAGUGUCCGGAAGAAGUGUGUUGGAAACAGCCAAGAGAGUUCAGAUAAAAGAGAAAAGGCAGCUUCUUCUGAUUCCCAAAGUCCUCGCCAGGUCAAAAAGCAAAAAACAAAAAAAAAAGUAACUAAGCAGAGUGCUGCUGAUGAAGGAAUAUGCUACACAGAAUCAAGAGGUGACUGUGCACCUGUCUACUCCAGUAAAGCUGAAAAAUGGCUUUCAAAAAAUGAAAAAACGAUCAAAGGACAUAAGACCACGGAACAAACUCCUCCAAAAGUCAUGUACACUAAACAUGCAUGUUCUGGCCCCCCAUCAAUGAAAACUUCUAAAGCCAGAUCAAAAAAAGACUCCUCUAGGCACAACCCAUCCACAUCACAAAAGCAGAAAGGCACUUGUAGUUUUGAUCCUGCUGAGCAGGAAGAACAGAGGCAGCAAGCAAAGAAGACGAAAUGCAAUGCUGUGGAGCCGUUAUGGACUGGAAAUUACACCAGUGCUAUCAAGACAAAAGGCUCUUCCUCUACUUCUUCAGAGGAUGCUGCACAGCAGAAUAGAGAGGACUUGAUUAAAAAGAAUUGUGGAAGGCAUCACACAAAGUUUCCAGAGGACAAGAAAAGUUCCCGCACAGAUAGAAAACAUGCCUCCUACUUUUCAACAAAGAUACCGCCUGUUGUUGAAAAGCACACUGCCUCAGAGCGAUUGAAGAAGCACACUUCAGUCUCAGGCAUUGUUGAAUCAGAUCAACAAAAGAAAUCUGAUUCAUUGUCUACCCAGAAACAAAUCUGUUCUCUCAUGCCUGCACCUCUCCAUUUUAAGAUACCAAAAAAGAUCCCUCAGAAGUCAGUAGAAACAAUAGAUGAGAACGAUUGUGGUGUUUCUACAAACACAAAUCUCAAACAUGACACUAAACUUACAGACUCUGAGGUUGUAGUAAUUGACUCUAAUGAAGAAACUGUGGAACAAGUGCAAAGCUGUGUGGAUGCUACCCCUCAUUGUUCAUUUGAAAGACAUGAUAGAAGACCAGCCUCAUUCUCCGGUGUCCAAUCUGCAGUCGAUACCAACACGGACAUGUGUGAUGACCAGAUGCAUGUAGUUGAACAGCUUUAUCUAGCUCGCUCAGAGAGGAGACUCGAAGUGAACGUCUUGGAGAGCUAUGGGGAACUCACUUGCAUGGAUAUAGAUCCUCCCGAAGAAGGGUCUACAAACACACAAUACAAACAACCUCAGCAAGACCUAAUCCUUGUCUUGGACACCAACAUUCUCCUCAGUCAUCUGGAUUAUGUGAAAAAGAUCAGUUCUAAGGGCCUAAAAGCCCUAGGAUUUCCUUGCAUCCUGAUACCCUGGGUGGUACUUCAAGAGCUGGACUCUCUCAAAAAGGGAAGAGGUCUGUCAGGUUCUGUGGCUCAUCUGGCAAUUCCAGCCAUCUCCUUCAUUUUCGACUCCCUGAGGAGCCGGAAACCUCACAUCUGGGGGCAGUCUAUGCAGCAGGCUGCUGAAAGGAAUGGUCUGAAUGCUGAAAAUAAUGAUGACAGAGUGUUGCAGUGCUGUCUGCAAUACCGGAGUCUGUACCCAGAGAGUGCUCUCAUCCUCUGCACUAAUGAUAAGAAUCUGUGCAGUAAAGCCCUUCUGAGUGGAGUGAAGGCUCUCACCAAGAAUGAUUUGAAGACCGAGGCGGAGAGAUCCCACCAUGGUGUUCAUAAACAGCAUCGUGUUCAAGGUCUCAUGCCACCUUAUGUUAAAUCUGAAGUCUCAUCAUCUUUGCUGAAAGGGAGCUGCUCAAAAGUCCAUCCAAAUGUUCAGGAGAGUGGAGGCUUUUCUGCUGGAUUUUUAAAAAAAGACAACACACCACUCUGUAAAGCUGAUAAGGACGGGACAGCAUGGGACCUCAGUCGAUGCAUUUCUGAACUGGAAGACUGUCUGCGUGAAGUCCUGUCUGAUGUCUUAGAGGCUGAGAUGAAGUCCAUUUAUGACAACCUCUGGACAGAGAUAGUUUGUCGAAAACCACCCUGGACUCUUCUGGAUGUCCUGAAGUGUUUCAGAAAGCACUGGAUUGCUGUCUUUCGGUACCUUCUCCCAGAGUCGUCUCUGCAAACUGUUGUGAACCUCAUCAACUUCUUCAGCUCAGGUAACGAUGAGGACCACAUCACGACAGUAAAAGUCCUUGAAGAAGCGCGGGACCUUGUGGAACUGUUAAAGGACCGGUCGAACCAGGUUCCACAAGUGUUGUCUGUAAUGGACAAGAUUUCCACAAAGCUACACCGUCAGGAAACUGAUCAGUCGGUGGAAGGAGAAUCAUCUAAUUUUGAUGUUGUUAUGACUGAUGAUGAUGGUGGUGUUGGUCGUGACGACAACGAAGAGAAAGAAGUGAAACAGUCUUCGAGUCCUCAGGUCUCCCACCAGGAGGUGUGGGCAAUGUUUGACAGUAUCUGGACCAUCGUGGUUCAGACAAGCAUGGAGGUGUUCAAAGCUUUGGGCUUUGACACUCGCACCAUGCAGAGCGUUCAGCCAGCAGGAGGCUGCAUGCCGCCGCAGGACGCUCUGGUCUGUUUGCACAAACUAUCCACCAUGGUCUCACAGCUGCUCCAAGGCUUCAGCAGUGUGCUGUCCUUGAACCCCGAUAUGGAAGAAGUUCAGAUCCUGCUCAGUAUCAUCCAUUCCUACAAGAUUGCUGGGGGGAAUUCCAGCGUGACAACCAAACAUCUUCUUGAUUGUUUCUUACAACCAGAGUACAGGGAGAAGCUCCAGCUCGGAGGGAGGCAGCUGAUGGAUCUACAGGACGCCCUGAACUGCUGCAUCCAGGCCAACGCGCUCACCUUCACCACGUAGCACUAACUGCAGCAUCAGCUCUGCUCGUCUUCACAGAUGCUUUGAAAUAAGCGAUCCUACAACUGAAAUAAAAGCAUACAGUUAACCCUUAUGUUCCAUAAAUUAUAUUUGUUUAGUUGUAGGCUACAUUGAGACGACUUAAGCUGCGUUUCUUUCUCCAGGUUCUAAAAGGGGAGCAUGUGUGCGCGUGCCUGUGUUUAUUGAGAAAAUGUUGAAGUUCCUCAGAUUCAUCCAUAUCUGUGGCAUUUUCUUUGUUGGACAUGUUUUUGCUACGUUUGGAACAUUGACUGUUUACACAAUUUCUACCAUAGACUUCACGAUGACAGCUGAUUUAAGUUUAGUAAAACUUACCUCGGUGACGACUCUUUUCAGAAAUUUGGCAUUAUUUUGUAAUAAUUUAUGAUAAAAUGGGAUUAGGUGAAAAAAACAAACCAAAAAAAAAGAUUGUGAUGGAAGUUAUAUAAAUGGCAUAUUUAACAGUUCCAACACAGCUUUUUUUAUAUUUCAGUUUGACAUUGGUACGUUACCUUUUAUGCCCCUCAAACCUCUCACUUCAUAUUCAGGAGGGUCAGUUGGUGAUGCGAUUUGUGAUCAAUUUUGUGUCUCCAUUUUAAGUUAUACUGUAUUUUUCAACAGUUAAAAAAAAUAGUAGUUCAUUAUAUAUGAACAAAUACGGCACCUAAGUUCUAAUAGUGAUGAUAUAUUUGAUAUAUAUUUGGGUUAAAACAUGGGGGGGAAAAGGAUGAAUAUUGAUUUUUCAUUAUUUAAUUGCAGUUUGAAGUUGAAAUGUCAAAGUUUGACAACUUUCUUAUGUGACUGACAUGUGGGUUGAAGGAUGUUCAUAAAGUCUGUUGACCUGCUUGCACAUAUCAUCUACCAUUCAGAAACUAUGGAACAGUUGAUGUUUUAUAGUAUGUCGUAUUCAACAAGAAUCACUUAAACAGUUAUUUGUUUGUUUUGAGAAUAAAAACAGAUGAGCAGGGAUACUUCAUUUUUAUACCUGAGGUGGUAUUCAUUGUUAGAAAUUUAUGUUCAUAAAUGUUAUAUUAUCAUUUGUUUGAAUCACAUUGAACAGCUGGAGGUGGUUUUCAAUAUUUGAACAUGUAUAUUAUCUUAAGAAACAGAGUUUCUGAUAUUUUCCUAAUAAUAUUUUGGACCAGAUGAAUGUGUAGCACUUCAUUAAUGCCUCAAAUCACAGGUUGGUGACUGGCAGUUUUGUUUUGUUUGUUUUGCUUGUCUGUGUUUUUUUAGUUACCAUUGUUUGAGAUUCAUUGAUGGUUUGGCCUCAGUUCAGUUCUGAGCAGCAGCAGGGUGUUGGUGACAUUGGUAUGUAUUUACUUGUGGGUGAAGGCCAUGUAAACAAACAAUGAUGUUCACGUGUCUGUGAACAUAAAGCCCAGCUCUGUCAAAAGGGGAUGAACACAUUUCAGUUUGAUGCCCUUUUACUAUUGUGUUUUCUUAAUUGCACAUUGGACAAGCAUUGUUUUUCAGGUAAUUUAUUAGCAAAAAUGUGCAAUAGAAUUAAAAAUUACUUGAUUAAAAAGCUCCUUAUUUAACACAUCACACCCAUUUUGUUUCUUAUCCUGCAAAAAUAAAGUGUGAGAUCAACCAGC